AUGAAUACUGAAAUCGCUUCUUUUUUUGAUAAUCCAGAACUGAUGGCUAAGACUCCGCCUCUUUGGCAGACUCUGAAUCGAGACAUUUACGAUGUAAUUCUUGUAUCAAUCUCUAGAACGACAACAUUGUAUUCCAGUAGGAUUGUUAUAAGAUUGCCAAAAAAUCAAAACAGUUGAAACCAAUAACAAUCUAGUUGGGAAACGAGCAUCUAUAUUACCUCAACAAAGGAACAAUGUAUUAGCUCUAAACUACAGUUGUUAUGAUGAACAUAAUUAAAAAUGAUCAACAUGGUAACAUUAUUAGGUUAUCUCGAAAUGGGAAGUUUAUUGAUCUCAAACUAGACGAUUACACUGCCUUCAAGAAUCUUCUCAAUUACAGAUGUCUCCAAUCCACAUUCCAUGAUGAAUUCGGAGUUACUAAAAUGAUCGGCAAAGGAAGUUUUGCUAAAGUGUAUUUGGCGACAAAAAAAUCUACUGGUAUCAAUUAUGCUGUCAAGGCAUUUAACAAAGAAUUCAUGUUAGAACAAUUUAAAGGAAGGGAAUCAUUGGAAAAUGAAAUUAAGGUGAUGAGAAGAUUGAAUCAAGAAAAUCUAGUAAGACUGCAUGAAGUCUAUGAAACUUAAAAUUCCAUUUAUUUUAUUUUGGAUAUUUUAAAAGGAGGUGAGUUACUAUCUAGAGUCAAAUCCUAGCCAUUGACUGCCCCCAAUCUACAAAAAUUAAUGUAUAAUCUAAUGAAAGCACUCUGCCAUCUACAUUCAAAAAAGUGUAUCCAUCGAGAUUUGAAACCAGAGAACCUGCUACUAAAAGAAAAAGAUAAUGAUACCGAUGUAGUGAUUGCAGACUUUGGAUUAGCCAGUUUUCUCAAUGAAGAUAUCCUAUUUAAGAGAUGUGGAACGCCUGGAUUCGUUGCUCCUGAAAUAUUGAUCUAUAAGGAAGGAGAUCCCUUUUAUGAUGAAAAAUGCGAUGUGUUUAGUGCAGGAGUGAUCUUCUACAUACUCCUAACAGGUAGACAACCCUUCUAAGGAACAGAUUAUAAGGCCAUUCUAAGAGCAAACAAGAAUUGCGAGAUUAAUUACAACCUAAAAUAAAUAUAAACAGUAAUUUCGAUCUCAAUCCUCAUAGGCACCACUAUAAUUAGUAGAUCUAUUGAAGAAGAUGUUAUUUCCAGAACCCAAAGGCAGAGUUUCCUCUGAAGAUUGUCUAAAACAUCCAUACUUCAAGGAGAUCUUCAAGGAACAAGAUUUGAUUGAUGUUCAAGACAGUCUUCGAGAAUACGAAAAGGACUUCGUCUAUGGAUUAGGAAAGCAAUAAGGGUAAUAAUUGUUGUAAAUUGAUUAUAUAGACCUCCAAGUCAGGUUGGAUCAAUGCAAUUACAGCAGAGACAACCUGCUAUGAAUGGGAGAAUUGAUACUAUGGGAUCGUUUUCGAAUGUGUCCAAUAAUGGAUCAGUAACGAGAUUAGAUUAGAAGCCGUAACCUUAGUAAAGCAAAUUUAGUUAAUUCAAUUAGUCAAUGAAGCAGUAACUCAAUCCAGAUGCAAGUAUUUGAUUAGUUUAUAUUAGAUUCGCCGGUGGCUAAGAAGAAUAACUAAUCAGAUUUGAGGAAGACGGCCUUGAAAAAUUCGUUUUAAUAAUAAAUUAAUCAAAUGAGUAAGGAUGAUGAUUGCGUGAAUGAGGAGGCAUCUCAUUUGGAAGAUGCAAUAUCGAAACUUAAUGCAUAGACACCCAAGAUGGGAUUGAAAAAAGCUAGUUCCUAUAAGGUACAAAAAUCAACAAUGGAAUGAGAUAUAUACUAU